AUGCGGAUUGCAUAUACCAAGAACGUCGAACACAGAGGUAAGUCUGGGGUUUCCAACUGCUGUGUACCAGUCAUAGUCGGACUAACCUCCAGGUUUGAUACUAGUGAAGUAAUCUAUGAGAAACUGUCGAAAAUCGAACAAUUAUUGGCGAAUCAUGAUAGUCUGUUAAUGGCAUUAGUUGAUCAAGUGAAAGACAGAGAGCUUUCGUCUCCUUUGUCAUACUCAUCUGUUGGAGGUAGGAAGAAUUCAUACGUUGAGUCGGAUACAAAUAUAUCAGGGGACGAUAGUGACCUGGCUUUAAUUCAAACAGGAAAUCUUCCACCGUUGACGAUACCCACGGGUCACAACACAGCAGCAAUUCGAGUGCUUAGAUUGCCGCAAGUAAAGGCUCUUAUUGGAGAAUACCCUCGGGACUAUUUUUACGAAAUUGAAGCUAGGAGAAAAGUAUUUGGCUUAGAAACUGUGAGUGACCAGCCCUAUCUUGAUCAAGAGGUAUGUGAUGGGUUAAUUGAAGCCUUCAGAACAACAGCUCAUGCCCAUCGACCAAUUCUCGACUAUAAUAACCUACUCUCCCUUUAUAAAGAUAUGUUUGCAAAUGGGUUUACAUGGACUAUUGAAACAGCAAUAGUAUUAUUGGCUUUAGCCUUAGGGGAAGUAGCUUCGGCAGACUAUUCAAAGAUCAGCCGACUAACAGAUGACCCCAACUGGGAAAUGCCAGGUAUAAGUUAUUUUCGGCCCGCUUUUGAGAUUAUUUCUAAAUCUUCGGCACUCGAUUUUGGAGUAAAUAUCUUGGUCGUUCAAGCCCAGGUUUUGGCUAGUAUUUAUUUCGCUUAUAUUGCAUAUCCAUUGUACAGCUGGCGAUUAAUACACGCAGCCUCAACUACUAUCGAACUAUUACUUUCACGUACAUCAAACAAUGAACCUCCUGCUGAUGAAGAAAUAAGACUCUUCUGGUGUUGUUUUUUGACCGAAUCUGACAGAUUGGCCGAGUUUGAGCUUCCUCGUACUGGUAUAGGCUCUAUGGUUGAUGACAUGCUUCUUCCAUCUGUGCUGAAUGAAGAUGCCGUGAUUAUCUAUUUCUUAGCCGAGAUAUCGAUACGUCGAUUACUUAACCGAGUCCAUAAUACGCUGUAUACUGAUGAUGGCGAUGCUAAAGCCAAAAGUAUCCAGACCCUCUUGAUAAUAAGUGAAGAACUAAACAGACAACUUGAAACUUGGUAUGACUCGAUCCCUUCAGCAGUACGACCCACUUUAGGGAUGAACGCACCGGAAAAUCUCAACGAAAGAGAAAUAAUCCUUCGAGUUAGAUACUAUGCCUGUAGGCAUAUUAUAUUUCGACCUUUCGUUCUUCGUGUCAUUGCUAACCCUGAGGUAAACUAUCCCGUUGAAGUUUUGGAAAAUUGUGCAAAGUGCAUUUCUAGUAUAAGAAUGUACAUUCAUAACGUCGGUUAUGUUCUUUCGAGACCAUCUUCUUACACUUGGACUUUAGGAAUGAGCUCACUUGGGGCAGUUUUAGUCAUAACUGCCGCGAGUCAAUCACCUGUUCUUCAGGGAUAUCUUCCUGAUAUAUUGGAGCUUCAAAAUACAGUUUUGAAAAACUUUUUACCUUGGGCUACUCCUGAAAGUAGCAUUCAAAGUAUUACUUGGAUUUUGGAGCAUAUCCUUCAUAGGCAGCAGUUCAACUUUAAAUAA